CGCCGCCGCUACUCGGGACCGGCGGCCGCCGCGCACAGCCCGCACCCUCUCCGCCCGCUCCGCGUCCGCCCUCUGUCCUGCCCCGCCAUGAAGUUGAGCAGCCGCGGCCGGGGAUGCUGCGCGGGCGGCAGCCGGGAGCGCGGGCCGCCGCCGCGGAGCCCCUUCGUGCACCAGCUGCGCCUCAGCCCCCUGGAGAAAGCCAAGAUUGCCUUCAUGACCUUGACUCUGUUUCCUAUCCGACUCUUUUUUGCUGCUUUUAUGAUGUUGCUGGCCUGGCCUUUUGCAUUCAUUGCUUCGAUGGGAUCUGACGAGCAAGAGCUUGAAAAGCCCCUCUCCUGGUGGCGAAAGAUAGUGGAUGUUUUGCUGAAAGCAAUAAUGAGAAUGAUGUGGCUUGCUGGUGGAUUCCACUGGAUAACUGUCAAAGGCAGACGGGCAUUGCCAGCAGAAGCAGCAAUAUUAACGGUGGCUCCCCAUUCUUCCUACUUUGAUGCCAUUCCAGUAACUAUGACCUUUGCCUCCAUCGUGAUGAAAGCAGAAAGCAAAGAUAUUCCUGUUUGGGGAACUCUGAUCAAAUAUAUCCGACCAGUAUUUGUAUCUCGGUCAGACCAGGAUUCUCGCAGGAAAACUGUUGAAGAGAUAAAGAGGCGUGCCCAGUCUAAUGGUAAAUGGCCACAGAUAAUGAUAUUCCCAGAGGGCACUUGCACAAACCGAUCCUGUCUAAUUACAUUCAAACCUGGAGCAUUUAUUCCUGGGGUUCCUGUACAGCCGGUGGUUUUACGCUAUCCGAACAAACUGGACACAAUCACAUGGACAUGGCAAGGGCCAGGAGCGUUUGAAAUUCUGUGGCUUACUUUAUGUCAAUUUCACAAUUCCGUGGAAAUUGAGUUUCUACCCGUGUAUACUCCUUCAGAAGAAGAAAGAAAAAAUCCAGUGUUAUACGCCAAUAACGUCAGACGUGUAAUGGCAGAGGCGUUGGGAGUUUCGGUGACAGACUACACAUUUGAAGACUGUCAGCUGGCUUUGGCUGAAGGACAGCUUCGUCUACCUUCAGAUACAUGUCUUUUAGAAUUUGCAAAGCUUGUGAGAAGCCUUGGGCUGAAACCGGAAACACUUGAAGAUGAUCUUGAUAAAUAUGCUGCAAGUGCCAUGAAAAUGAAGAAGGAAAAGGUUGAUCUCAAAGAAUUUUCAGCCUACUUGGAAUUUCCAGUUUCUCAGACCUUAGAAUGUAUGUUUGCCCUUUUUGAUGAGAAGGAAGAUGGUGUAAUUGACAUUCGGGAAUUUGUCAUUGCUCUGUCAGUUGUCUGUAAGCCAUCCAAAACUCUGGAAACAAUUCAGUUGGCAUUUCAGCUGUACCAGUCAGAAGGUGGAACUGUAACAGAAGAGGAUUUAGCUUGUAUUCUGAAGACUGCCAUGGGUGUGUCACAAAUUGAUGUUACACAUCUUUUUAGAGCUGUAGAUGAAGAAGAAAAAGGAAAGAUUACAUAUGAUGACUUCUACACGUUUGCUGUGUUGCACCCACACUUUGCAGAAGAAUAUCUCUAUGCUGAUCAGAUGGGAGCUGAGAGCGGCUUGGAGCGGCGUUCUGCUCCGAAUGGUAUCUGUACUGACUUCAGCCCUGACAGCAUUGAAGAUCAAAGGAAGCCCUUGCAGAAGAAACUGAAUUAACACUACAACUGUUACCUUCCUCUCCUGGUGAGAGGGAUUUUUCUUGGGAUUUUCAUAAGUCACUCCAAUUAUACAGCAAAUACCAGUUUUGUGUGUGAAAGUUCUACCUGAAUACCAUCUUUAAAUCAUAUGUGCUAUAUUUAACAUGCUCCAGGUUACUUUGGGAAAGGUAGGGGAUUUUUUGGGGUUUGGGGUUUUUUCUUUUGGUUUUGUUUUGUUUUGUUUUUUGUUUUUUUUGGAAAGGUCUUUGAAAGGCAAAAAUGUGAAUGUGCUUCAUUAUUAAUGUUCAUAUUUAAAAGGAAGCGGCACAACUUAUUUAUAUUCCAUUGGCUAGUUCCAUGUACAAAGUGUCGCACAAACUGUGCAUGUAUAAAGAAACUGUAGCUACUAUGGUGUAAAGUGCACUUUGGUGAUUAGUGUUUUCCCUAGUUAUGGGAAUGUUUAUUUGGGGCCAAACUUUGCUGUCCAUAUCUGAAUAGUCAGGCUUGUUGAUUUCGGUGGGAUUAUUCUCUUGACCAAGGCAAGCAUACUUUGGCCCUUUGUUUUGGUUUCAGUGAACAGUUUGGAAACAGUAAUACAAACACUUGCUAAGGAUUACUUUUUAUUUUUAUUGCUGAACGGCAAAGUUAUUUCUCUUUCCAUGGUAGAAUGAAAAGGAAAGGCUUCUUAUCCCUCACCCCAACACUUUUCUACUGUAAUCUUCCGGAUGCAAUUAAACAUUAAUUAUUUCCAAACUGACAUGCCACAUACUGUUUGAAAAUACAUAACUGAACUCUUUGUGCUUUUCUCUUAUAACCAAUUCAAAUCAUGUCCACACAACACUUUAUGGGAGAUGUUUACAGAGCUAUAUUUGAUUUAGAUUUAUCAAGUCACAAGUUUCUUUUGUACCAAGCUUGUACAGAUAACAUAGCAUGGAAUAUAUCAUGAAAACUUCAGUGUAUCAGCACAAGUUGGAAAAGGUUGCAGUCACUUCAGAGGCCAAGCCAACAACAAGUUGCAGACCAUCAUGAAGAAGUGCUAGUUAAAUGUCUGUAGCAACACUACACGUACUUCAUAGAACAGUUAGAAUAGUUUAGAACUGUUAAAAAAAGCUCGUCACACUUAGUAAUACUUAUGGUUUCUUUUGUAAGGCCAGAUGCCUUAACUGCUACUGGAGGUCUCAGAAAAAAAUCUAGAUGAUUAUAAAGCCACAGAGAUUCAUUGAUUAGGAAAUGUGACAAAAGCCUCAAAGAGUAGGGAAGAGGACUCUGUCACAGAAUAACUGUGAUGGCAGCUCUGCUUCCAAACAAAAAAAAAAAUUUGAGUAAUUUCUGACUAGUUUUGUAGGAUUUUGUGCAUGGAAAACAAUUGGGAUUUCAGUCUUCCACAAAGGAAUUUAAAACUAGAUUUGAAAGGGAAGAAUUUUAGCAAAGGACAUCUGUUUGUACCAAAUGCUUUUAUAACCAUUUUUAAAUAGCAAAGAGGUGUUUUAAAGCUCAUUAAGGUAUUGAAUGUGUCCUUAGAAAUCCCGAACUAUAUGUGGCAGGUCUCUAAACUGGAUCUGGCUUUAAUAAAGAGGGUAGAAGGAAAAAAUGUAAGAAAAUAUGCUUUUUAGGGGUAUGUGGAGGUAAUAAUUACAUUUUUAGUUUAUCUAGGUAACAAAAGCCAAGCUCACAGAGCAGCAGCAGACUGGCUGGCAAGAUUUGAAUUUAAAUUGAUCAUGAAAAAUAGGAGAAAUUUAUUAAAAUAAUAAGGAAUAUAAGAGACUACACUUAAGUCGGAAUAGUCAGAUGCACAGAGCGGGGAGUGAGUAUUACUGUGCUGUAUCUUGAGGCAGGGAUGGCACAGAGUAUGUCAAACUGAGCACUGUUAACUCUUUGCUGCAUAAAAGAUCCUCGUGAUGGAGGGAUGCAUCAGCAUGUGGCCUCUGAGAAGCAGGGUGGUAUUUCUGUGUUAGUAAGAUGUGAUAAGGUCUUAUCUGAGGUACCUGUUCAUAGUGGGGCACCUGAGAGAGAUGGGGUGUAACUGAAUGAAGUCUGGGGAACAGAAAAUACUCAAAAAGAUCAAUAGUAUCCUUUAAUCCAAAGAAGAUGAUACUGAAGGAAGAUGUGAACAGUCUUUAAAUAUGGAAAAAAGUUGCUGUAGAGAAAAUAAGAGCACUCUUCACAAGGAUGGUAGAUGCUGAGUGUUAAUUGAAAAGGCAAGUUUAGCAUUAGGAAAAGUCUCUUACAGUACACCUUGCUGAGCCAAGGAGAAGGGUUAUUUCAGGUGCAGUGAACAGCCUGCCUUCCUUCACUGGAGUUUUUAAAAACAGAAGACAGACCUCUCCAAUAGAGACACUUGAUUUUGUUGAUCAUGCCCCAGGAUUACAGGGAGAUAUCCCUGAGGUCUGUUCUGUUUUCUGUAAUGAUACAGUGUGUAAUGGAAGGCAGGCAUAGUCUGAACAUACUCUUAUCUCUACAAGACAAUGGCACGUGGCUCAAGAUGGCUAUAUAAAAUAGUUAUCUGUUUCUUUGGAUGUGAGCUUGGGAAUUUGAGAAUUUCAGAAUGCAGGGAGGGAGAGUUCCCCAACACAUGCCUGAAAAGAAGAAACAGGUAAGCUUAGAAUCCUGUGGACAACUCUGAAGUGAGAUGCUCCAAAGGAAGAGAUACAUUGACCACGUCUGUGAAAGGGCAAAGAAAGCUCAUUGAAGCUGGCUUAAUAUGAUUGUGUCUAAUUUUCAUGUGUGGUGUGAGUAACUUGGGGGGGGGGGUCUGUCUUAUAAAAGCCCAUAGGUUCAUUGACUUAUUUUUUAUUUUUAUUUGUGAGGUGUUUUGUAAUUGUGGUGAGUGUAAUAGCUGUACUUGUGUGCACCUAAGAUGCACAGAGUGCAUUGAAGGGUUUGCAGCCUCCUCCAGUGUGGUGAGGAGGUGCUGAAAGUCCUGUGUACCAGUGAGCUCAGUCCAGAGCUGCUGCUGCAGAAGGCUGGUGACCAACACAAGUCACAAGCAAGUACUCUUGGUGGAUUAAAACCCAUUUAAAAAUUCGUGGAUUAAAUCAUUUUAAAAAAUAGCAUAAGACAAAACAACAAAUUCUUGAAGGAAAUGUGAUUUUCCCUCUUUUGAGAAAUUACUGAAUGAAUUAAAGACAUAAUAGGAGGAGUGAUUGGAUGAAGGAUCAGCCUGCGUGGAAACACUGUUAGAUCACACAUCAUGUCAUGAAAGUUGAGAUUAAUUAAUAUAAUUAAUUUUAGCAUUUGUAGUAUAUAAUGUUAGACUGCCUUAUAGCGAGAGAGAAGGCACGUUACCACAGGGUGGUGAACUCGGGCUCCUGAGGGCUGAGGCCUGGAACACAUCGCAUGACUGGAGCAAUACUCAUUUAAACUCAUCCAUCAAACCCCAACUGCAGAAGUGUUUCAGUAGUUCCCAAUGAGAAGCCUUUUUAGAGGCAUCUGACUGUAGAGCAGCUGGGUUGUGACAGUCAAGUUUCAGUGACUUGAUGCAAAGUCAGAGUAGAAGUCAAAACUUCCUUCCCUCUUCACCAAACAAUGACAUGUAAAUGCUUUCAAUUAAAAUAUUACUGAUUUUAUAGGUAUAUUGUUAUAUUUUAACAGGUAGUAUCAACACCCCCUAAAUUUAUAAGGAGACAUAUGCAGAAAUUACUUUGGUUCUUUGCAAGUAUUGAACUUAAAUUAUCCUUACACAAAAAAUGCUGGGGUGUGAAGGCAUUUGACAUUUCUGAUGAGCAUUUUUGUACUCUUAUGUAACGCUGCUAUCCCUUGCCAGAAGAGUUCUUGCAUCAACCUGAAUUUUUACAUAUUGUAUGAGAUACCCAGCAUAAGAGAAGCAGUCUUGGCUGGGUAUCUUUUCUCAUAUGUCUAAACAAGUAUUUAAUGUUACCCAGAAAACCACAAAAUCAAAAAUAUCUGAAGUUUUGAGGGGUUGAUUUGUGGGGUUUUUUUGUUGCUUCAUUUACAUUUUUUCAAACAUAAUGAAACCCCACUAAAACCAAACAAAUGCUUAGUAGGUUAAAAGCGUGUUUAAACCACUGUCUCUAGAACGGCAUGGUAAGUGUUAUCACAGAUUUUUUGGGGACUCUGUUGCUGUAGCAGAUAAAUUUAAAAUGCUUCAUAGGAAAUUUAUAAGCUUUAUGGAGAAACUAGGCUGUACACUUAGAUUUAUAUUAAUUAAUUGCACUAUAUGUUUUGAUGCAUUUAUUGUUGCUAGAAUGAUCUAGGUGUGAUAAAUAACAACGAGACCUGUAUGUGUUUGGUAAUCCCAUUUUCAAGGUAUAAAUCCUUAGGUCACAGGGGUUAAAAAGGACACGUGUGCAGUGGGGAAGUGAUGCAACCUCUUUAGUGACACAGCUGCCAGAAGUGUCACACAGAGCGCUUUAUUAAUAUCUUCAUGCAAGCUGAAUACCUUUGUUAGCUAAUUAAAGCACUGGGGUGGUUAGAGUAUUUUUGUAUUCAUAAAAUGCAGUAAACAUUUUCCUGGAAAAGUCAUUAUUGCACUUCAACAUCUGAUAAAUUCUUAAAGCAGGUAUGGUUUUAUUUAUUUAUGAGUUCCCUGAUAAGUUUUGUAUUUGGUAUUGCCAUUAAAUUAUUCUUCCUACUUUUAUAUUACCACGUGGUUUCUGAUAUAAACUGUUUUAGUCACUGUCUGCUCCUUCAAAAAUAGCAUUCUCAUUAAAGGACAAAUAAAAAAGAAUAAAUUAAAAAACCUGCCCUGGCUUAAAAAAUGCUAAUUGCAGAACUCUAGUAGCACAUGCUGUAGAUCCUGUGAUCUCAGAAAAAGAAAACCUGUAAGCACAGCUUUGUAUGUGUUACAGGACUAGACUAGGUUAGAGAAAAACCAAAAUUCUUAUUAAAAGUUCUGACCAACUAAGUUCAAUUUUUCUUUAGGUCAGAGUGUGGGUCAUAAGACUUUCUGAAAUGUUGCAUUUUACUUAAUGUGAAGCCUCUGUUUUUUUCUCUAGCAAAGCUUUCAUGAAUGCUCUAGAAACAGGAAAUGACAAAUAUGCUGGCCAAGAGUUCUACAUCAGCAAAAUUCAAAUCUGGCUCCUGAAGCUAUAUCGAGGCACAGAAGUUCCCUGUGAACCAGACACUUCAAAGAGUUUGCUACUUUUUAGGUAUCUGAAUUUCAGCUGAUUAGGAAAGCUUAAAUUAACAAAUUAUUCUGAAUAGAUCAUUACCUAAAAAAAGGAAGAAUACAAAACAGAAAGUAAGAGUUAUCAUCAGUGCCAUUGAUUAUUAAUUACUAAUUAAUGAAAUUAUUAACUAAUCAGUCCAGAAAAACUGCAAGACAUAUGUUUCACAUAUGAGGCAGAAAGGCAGACGUGUUCAUUCAGGUAAUUUUGCUAUCCUGACUAGGUAGAAUUUGAGCCAGGUGGUCUUUACUCAGAAGGCAAUUUCUUGAAGGUACUGCAGCAUCUUGAAGAUCCUGCAACAUCCCAGUGAUGUCUUGGUCACCGGCAAUGUAGGCAGUGAGAUUUCAUCUUCUCACCCUGCCUUUUUUCAUUGAAUUAUAGAGAAAAGUAUUCAAACCACAGCAGGAACCUUACAAGAUCUUACAGGUAAAAACCCUCUAGCACCACCUCAGAGGCACAAAGGUGAUCAUUCUGUGGAAUAGUUAUGGUGGUGAACUGGGCUUACGAUGCUGGUCAACACCUUGUGGUCAAACUAUGUGUAAAUGGUAAUACUGAGGUAAAACUACUGAGAGCACACAGUAGCAAAUGGCAUUCCUUAGAUAUGUUUGGAUUUGGGUCUGUAUGUAUUUCCUGCAUCUCAUAGUGCUCAAGUCAAAAAGUUUCUCUAGGAAGCAUUUCAGGUUUCAUUCAAGAUAAUGACUUUGACUUCAUCAAGUGGAAGAGUGAUUUGUUUUGCAGAAAGCAGCUUCUUUUUCCCCAGAUGGUGUGAUGUGCUUUAUCAUGUGUAAUGUGAUUAAACUGAAGGGCCUGAUACCAAGAGAGCAGAGGCUUAUAAAAUAGAGUUUGUAUUUCUGUGAGAUAUGCUAAGACAUUUCUACACAGUGGUUGACACUGCCUAGGUUGUCUUGCAAGUUCAUUAUGCAAAAUUUUUUUUACUAGUUGUGUAGUGGCAGUGGCUGUUUAUUCCACUUUCUUUAGCCGGGUAGCAGAGCAGAGUACUCCUUUGCAGGUCAAUUUUGGGGUAUAGAUGUAUUUGCAGUUUUCAAAUGAUCACUGUCUGGGAACAGAAACAGUAGGAUCCCUUAGCACUGAUUGCACCUCAGUAAUUUAUUCCUGUUAUGUAACUUAGCUCUUUGGGGUAUUUUUUAUGAACACAGUUAGGAUGCUUUAUUCUGAGCCAAGUUGCACAGAGCCAUAUGAACAUCAGAGCUCACUUGAGACAGCUUGGGGAUCUUAAAAAAGGUGCUGUGUGAUAAUCUGUUGGUAGUGUUACAUUUCAGUUUUUUCACUUUGACCAAAAGUGUCAGAAGCAAGAGAAAAAAGUCAUGACUUCUGUAAUACUCUAUUUUUAUACUGUCAAUGGGGUGUUAUUUAAGAGUGCCAGUUCUGAGCCAAAGUCAGCUGAAGAAAAAUCAGGCUGAACGUCUGAUCCCGAACCAGCAAGUAGAAAAUCCCAUCCAUGCCCAGCAUGGCAGCUUUCACUCUGCAGCUGGCCUCUUCCCACAGUAAAGAAGGAUCUUUUCUGCCUCUUGGGCUGGUGAAUUCGGUUUACUGUAUCCAUAGUUCUUGCUUGUGCUGUCUGUUCUUUGUAGGCUUGUAGCAGCCAGAGGGAGACCCUGCUGCCUCUUAAACUGAAGUGACAUUCACGGACUUUUCUUCCUGCGCUGGGAGCAGCAGAUGGAUAUUAGAGUCGUGUUCUGGUAAUGCUACCCAAAACUAAAAGUCCAUCUACUAUUUUAGCUCAUGCCUGCCAUCAGGCACAGAACUCCUUUUUUUAUUCAUACACUUCAACCAUUGCAGGUGUGUCCAGGUGACAGCAGGUCUGAAAGAGCUUAUGAGAUUCUGCUUGUUCUUGUGAGCAACAAGAAAUUAAAUUUAGAGGUAUUAGAAGUUUACAGCGAAACCUUAAAUUGGAUUGACUCCUGACUUACUACAUAUAUUUAUAUAUCUCACUUUCAGUGUGAGCCUGUUCACUUCCAUGUUCAAAAUGCAGGAUCUAUAAAUGUGAUUGCAAACAAAGUCUCCUCAUGGAUACUGAAGAAAGCUGACGCUCAGACACUUUUCAUCCUACCAUGGUACUGGAAAUGAAAUUCAUCUGACAAUAGGUUGUUUCUAAGUCUAUGAAUGUAUAUGGGGAAAACCCAAAUACAUGUCUUUUAUUCACUAUCCAGCAUGAAGACAAUUUUGUAUUUUAAAUGCUAAAGAAAUAAACUUUGAAAGAUCUUUUAUGGCCUAAGUAUAUAUUUUUUUGUCCUAUGUUUUCUUUUAUAAUGAACUUCAAGCAAAAUAUUUCUUAUAUUUCAAAAAGGACAUUUAGGUUAGCCAGUGCUGUAUUUUCCAGACAACAGAAGCAAUUUUAAAGUAAACAUCUAAAAAUGAAAUUGUAUUUUUAAAUAUGUGACUUGGAAUUCCUUUAAGUUAAACAUGUCUCCUUAGCAACUGUAUAUACUUAGACAUAAAGCAAAUCCAUUGCAGCUGCUUGUCUCUGUAGUUGUUUGUGUUUGGUGAUUUGUUUAUAUUGCUUUUUCAGAUUGCUGUAAGGGUAUUAAGAGUCCAUGUAAAUCAGCAAUGUUAGAAAUAGAAGAAGUAAAUUUCUUUAGAAAUUAUAGAAUUUGUUUCCUGGAAGAGGACCAAGAGUCAGCAUCAGCUAACCUUGUACUAUGUACUAUACUACUUAAAUGUUGCGGCGUUGUGCUGAAAGUAUUUGACAUCUUUAAAAUGGGACCACUUUCUAAACCUUUUUGUAAUUCCCAGCAUCUCUCCAGGUGUGAGACAUUUCUAAUUUGAUCACAGGUACUAGUUCAUCUUUUUUUGAAAAAUAAAAUUGAAUAAUCAAAAAGCUGAGAAAUAACUCAGGAAAAAAAAAAAAAGAUUUGACCUCUGUUGUUGAACUUGCAUUGAGGAUAUAAUUUUUAUAUUUUGGGGGAAAAAAAAAGAUCUCUAUGGUUUUGAAAACACUUGAAACUUAAAAUGCUAAACCGAAAAUGUUAACACUGAAAUGAUCAACAUUUUGGAAUUUUCAUGUACUGCUACUGAAUCCAACUUAGGCACUGCCAUGAAAAGGAUGCUUUUAGCUGGAAACCUGUGUUGACAGAGCAGAAAGCUGUUUUGUAGGGAGUCACUUGUGAGGUAUCACGUGGCUGUUCCAUCAGUGGUACAACUUCUGUUGCUGACUUAGAGGCUGUUCAAACAGACCUGGUGUGUUUAAAUUUAGAAAAGGUUUUUAUUGUAAGAGGCCUUGGAUGUGCAGUGUAAAUCUGUAAUAAUAUAUAAUGCUACUGGAUAAUAAUGAUCUAAAUGCAUAUUUUCUGCUGUAAAUUUCCCUCAUGUGGCUCCAAUGAUAUGUGUACAUAGAUUAUUACCUUUGCACUGAACCGACUAUACUUCAUAAAAUGAAGAGCAAAAACAAGUAUUGUACUAAAGAUGACCAUACCUUGUGGCUCCAAUUGUGGAAAUACUUUUGCAGAAUGAAAGGUAUAGCUUCAGUGUUAUAAAUUUGAUUUUUAUAUUUUUUAUUAACAUGCAUGGAAGACUAAGGAUAAUAUUUUUUAAAAAUGGACUUUGCUUUUGUACAUUUUUUCAAUGUUUAAAACUAUAUGAUUUAACAUUACCUCUGAAUGCCAGUGAUCAGUAAACUUUUAAAGGAAAUACCUCAAUUUGAGCAUUCUUCUCUUGUUACUUGUCUGAUAGGUUAAAGUGGACUACAGGGUGUGAUGAAGUGAGCAUAUGAUGUAGGUGCUUAAACUGUGCUAUAGUAGGCACACGGUGAUUCACUGAAAGGGACCUAAAUGAUACACUACAAGUGUUGAGUGCAGUUACACAAUCGUGGCUCAUUCUGCCCAACUGGACAUUUUCCUCAUGAAUGGCUUGUAAAUUAAAUUUUCAGCGUGAAGCCAAAUUAAAAAAUGAAACAAAAAAUA